AUGUCUAAACAACCAGACGAGCGGAGUAGUCAAGCAGAGCAAGCAAAGGGGAUGAUCGCGAGCAAUGCGAACGAAGAAAGCGGACAAGAAGAUCAAACGGAAUUCAAAGAGCUCAUAUCGAAAAUAAAAAAGAGAGAUAGUCUAAAGCUCCCCGAACACAUCGAAAAAAUGGAGCACUUAGAAUGUGAAAUGAAGGAAUGCUCUAAAUAUGAUAUGACCAAAGAAAGAGAUGGAGAAGAUAAGCGUGUCCAAAUGAUAAAGAAAGGCAUAGAAGUUUUAGAGGAAGGGGAAACUAAUGAAGUCAAACAAGGAAUCUGUUGUGUAUGUACAUUCAGUGAAUUUAGACGCUUAAUAGAAAAGAACUUUUCUCUCGUGGACCUGAUUCCUGGAUCCCUCACUGACCUCUACGGACGCGCAGUGUUUAACAAUUGUGAUGAAUUGGCCUCCCAAAUACUGGAGAAAAUGUCAAAAACGUCAAAAAAGGACGUAAGGGACUUACAUUGUAGCGAAAACGAGUACAAACCCGCAAAGUACACGAUUCAUACUCUUCUUGAGAAAAACAUGAAGAAAACAGUAGAAGCCGUACUUGACUCUUUGGUUGAAGACGAUGAUUCCAGUCAGUUAACGCCACAAAAGAGAAUUUACGCAGAACUGGUUGAUAACGAUUCCCGUGGGUUGCCCCCAGAUGUUACUAUGUCUCUAUAUGGAAGGGAGACGUCCGGCUUGCAUGCGCUCACAUAUUUUAAAGAUAACAAGGAUUUUCUAAAUCACGAAGCUGUCAAGACACUCAUUGAUCAAAAGUGGGAAAAUUAUGGAAGACGUAAUUUCAUAAUCGAAGCCACUUUCUUUUUACUGUCUAUUUUCAUGAUCACGUUUUCUGUUGCAGUCGGAUGUCAAACCCCCGACCCUCUAGUUUAUGACACACCAAUUCACGUCCUUCGGGCAGUCUGUGAAGUGGGGACCAUUGCAUUUGUUUCAUAUCAACUCUUGGACGAAAUCACACAAAUGAUAGUGCUCGGAUCAUUAUAUUGGAGGGAUAUCUUCAACCUAUUUGACUUGUUGAGCAUAGUUUGUGUACUAGCAGUGAUUCCAUUGCGAUUAUUGGACGUCAAUGAACAAUGGCACGUGUACGUGUUCGCUUACGUUAGCUGGACAUCAAGAAUUUUGGAGUAUUCUGCAGUAUCUGAACAGACAGCCGUAUUCGUCAAAAUCUUUUACGUUAUUGUAACUAGAGAUAUCAUUCUAUUUGUAGUUCUAUUUUUCAUAAUUCUUCUGAUGUUUAGUGGUAGCUACCAGUUGGCUCUGCGGGCUGAAGGUCAUUUGGCGCAGAGCAAUUACACCACAUCGAUGCUUAGCAUUGUAUUUAUUGGAAUACAGACCCUUGUCGAACAGCAACCUUCCAUAGAUUACACAGAAGAUACUGAUAAAUGGUUUUCCAUUGUUGUAAUGGUGGUCUAUCUUACCGUGUGUGUCAUUAUUAUGCUGAAUCUGCUUAUAGCCCGACUGAGUGACAGAUACCAAAGAAUGCACGAUAAUCGUGAAAGAGAUCUCUAUGUCAGUCGAGCAUGGGUCCUCACGAGACUGGAGCGCCACACGUGGUGUUUUCAUGAAUGGAAGAGGGUCAAGAAACACUCUACCAAGAAUGCAGAACCUAAGCGUAAUGCUAGAAGAGGUGAAAGAGAGGAUGUUAUGAAUGGAAGGAUCACCCACCUGGAAAAUACCUUGAAGUUGAACGCAAGAAUAUCACGCUUGGAAGGUACUUUAAAGCAGACUUCAUCAGAUCUUCAAAACUUGAUAAGAGAGAUUGGGGAACUGAAAACAGUGGCGACUGUCGACGCCACUCCGUCAGAUGGCGAGAUUAAUUGUUAG